CGCCAACUCGUCAAAGCGAAACAUGCUGACAGAAAUCUCGAGAGCCUCGCGCCGCGUUCAAGUUUUUUGCAAGGGUUGGUGGUUGCUGGGCUCUCGAAAAUACUGGCGAAAUGCCUUGAUGUCACUUUGCAGAGCGAACCUGCGGGCCAAAAGUUGCAAAUCUGGAACAUGCCUAUGUGGCGUGCAAGUCCGAUGUCGAAAGUCGUUUUCAAAAUGUCUGAAAUGGUCUUGCUUAAAAAACACAACUCGAUAUUUCAGCUGCGAUCCUCCGAAACGGACGCAAUGUGCCCCGCCCUUAGGGGCUGCUUUUUGCCAUCUCUCACCUUGGCUUGAUCCAGAUGAGCUCACUCUGACCUCUGCUCUCACGCGCGCUGCGAGGUAGCAGUCAGAAGCCAUUCGUCGACCCCUUCCCUAUCAUCCCAGUGACACGCACUACCCUCCGACCGAACGCAAUGCCUCCUGCUACUGACGCACACCGCUUCCACUCUCCUACGCAUCGUCCCAGGGAGUAGGUUAUGUUGCUAAACGGGGUGGGUUGAAAGGAGAACAAGUCACGAGAGUGAGGUGGGCGAGCGAGGAGGUUACCUGGCACAGAAGCUGGUGCCGUUUGUCUCGGCCAGGCCCUUGCCAGGCCCUUGCCAGGAGUUGCCAGGAGGUUGCCAGGAGCUGCCAGGAGCUCUAAUCUCAGGCGGCGUUUCCGUGACGGCAUGGCGAAUGACGGAGCUGUGGGGCCAACUUUCGCCUCGGAGGACGAGAGAAGAGUGCACUUCAUGCGACUCGCCAUCGCACAAGCGGAGGCUGCAUGGACGAGACUUGAAGUCCCCGUGGGAUGUGUUAUAGUGCACAACAAUAGAGUCGCCGCAGCAGGCAGCAACAGGACCAAUGAAACCAGAAAUGCCACGCGCCAUGCUGAACUGGAGGCUGUUGAUUCGCUUCUGGAGUCUCUUUCUGCCGGGCAGGUUAACGAGUGCUUUGGGCAGAUUGACCCUCCAAGGGCAGCAUCGGCCAAUGGUAUAGCGAAUGAUGGAGCGAAUGGCACUGUGACACGUGGCAGCCAUAAAUUAGCUGGGGAACGAGGGAGAGAGAGUUUACUGGGGGGGCGGAAUGAAGAGGAGGAGGAGGAUGGAAGGGCGAAGGGAGAGAGGGAAAGAGGGGAUGAAGGAGAGGAUGAGGCAGAGGAGGGAGGAGGGCGAGAGGCGGGGGAGGGUGAGGGGGAGGCGAGAGAGGAGGCGGAGCAGUAUGGCCGAUUGCUGCAGGUGGUUGGGGAGAGUGAGCUGUUUGUGACAUGCGAACCGUGCAUCAUGUGCGCUGGAGCACUCUCCUUGCUGGGUCUCUCCCGUGUGUUCUACGGUUGUCCCAACGACCGCUUUGGGGGCUGUGGCUCCGUGCUGCCGGUACACGCCAACGGAUGCCACCCCUGCCCGCCCUUCUCUGCGGUGCCGGGCUGCCAGCUGCAGUGUGUGGGCGGCAUUCUGGCCAGCGAGGCCGUUGACCUGCUCAGGCGCUUCUACGAACAGGGCAACCCCAACGCUCCAAGACCCCACCGCCCAAUCAAGCCAGGGAUACCUGGGGGCGGAUUCUCUGCCUAGUGCAAUGCUUGACCUGCUCCAGUUGAGUUUGUCAACAAAAAUUAUUAUCUAGGCUAGGUAGUUUAUAUUUGUUAUAGCCUUAGCUAGGUCAAUUCUUAGAGGGUACAGUCCUACCUUUGUAACCCUUGCGGUUUUCCCUUAGUCCCA